CCAUUUUAUUCCUAACUAGCCUUAAACUGUCGACUUGUGACAUUCUUGUCGAAGUUUUUCUUUUAUUAAUCAAAGUUUACCCCAAAAACCAUUUUACAAAAUGCGCGAGUGCAUCUCGGUCCACGUGGGUCAGGCCGGCGUCCAGAUUGGAAACGCCUGCUGGGAGCUGUACUGCGUGGAGCACGGGAUCCAGCCCGACGGGCAGAUGCUCGGCAAACAUGUCAAUAAAGACGACGACCAUUCCUUCAAUACCUUCUUCAGCGAGACCGGUGCCGGGAAACAUGUCCCCCGAGCCGUGUUUGUGGACCUGGAGCCCACCGUCAUCGACGAGGUGCGCACUGGGACCUAUCGCCAGCUGUUCCACCCAGAGCAGCUGAUCACCGGUAAGGAGGACGCCGCCAACAACUACGCCCGCGGUCACUACACCAUCGGAAAGGAGAUUAUUGACUCAGUUCUGGACCGGAUCCGCAAACUGGCGGACCAGUGCACCGGCCUUCAGGGCUUCCUGGUCUUCCACAGCUUCGGUGGAGGUACUGGUUCUGGUUUCACCUCCCUGCUGGUAGAGCGUCUGUCUGUGGACUACGGCAAGAAGUCCAAGCUGGAGUUCUCCAUCUAUCCGGCUCCUCAGGUGUCCACGGCUGUGGUGGAGCCAUACAACUCCAUCCUGACCACCCACACCACCCUGGAGCACUCGGACUGUGUCUUCAUGGUGGACAACGAGGCAAUCUACGACAUCUGCCGCAGAAACCUGGACAUCGAGCGUCCCACCUACACCAACCUGAACCGGCUCAUCAGUCAGAUCGUGUCCUCCAUCACCGCCUCUCUGCGCUUCGACGGCGCCCUGAACGUGGACCUGAUGGAGUUCCAGACCAACCUGGUGCCGUAUCCCCGCAUCCACUUCCCCCUGGCCACCUACGCCCCCAUCAUCUCCGCCGAGAAGGCGUACCACGAGCAGCUGACGGUGGCCGAGAUCACCAACGCCUGCUUCGAGCCGGCCAACCAGAUGGUGAAGUGCGACCCCCGCCAUGGGAAGUACAUGGCCUGCUGCCUGCUGUACCGCGGAGACGUGGUGCCCAAAGACGUGAACGCAGCCAUCGCCACCAUCAAAACCAAACGCACCAUCCAGUUCGUGGACUGGUGUCCCACUGGCUUCAAGGUGGGCAUCAACUACCAGCCCCCCACUGUGAUCCAAGGAGGAGACCUGGCCAAGGUCCAGAGGGCCGUGUGCAUGCUGAGCAACACCACGGCCAUCGCCGAGGCCUGGGCCCGGCUCGACCACAAGUUCGACCUGAUGUACGCCAAGAGGGCCUUCGUGCACUGGUACGUGGGCGAGGGCAUGGAGGAGGGCGAGUUCGCCGAGGCCCGUGAGGACAUGGCCGCCCUCGAGAAGGAUUACGAGGAGGUGGGGGUCGACUCCGUCGAGGAGGUUGAGGAGGAGGGGGAGUAUUGA